AUGAUGCACAUUGAUGAAAGACCUUUUGAGUGUGAUGAGUGUGGCAGAAGGUUUAGAGAUCGUGGAUCUAUAAUACGUCACAUGUUAGUACAUACAGAAGAAAGGCCUUUUGAGUGUGAUGAGUGUGGCAGAAGGUUUAAAGAUCGUGUAUCUAUAAUACGUCACAUGUUGGUACAUACAGAAGAAAGGCCUCUUGAGUGUGAUGAGUGUGGCAGAAGGUUUAAAGAUCAUGGAUCUAUAAUACGUCACAUGUUGGUACAUACAGAAGAAAAGCCUUUUGAGUGUGAUAAAUGUGGUAGAUUAUUUAAGUCACGUAAAGGUAUAAAAGCACACGUGUUAGUGCAUAUGAAUGAUAAACCUUCAUGA